UUUUUAAGGGCAGCGCAGAAGGAACCGCUUCCCCUUGGCCUCAGCGGGCAAGGCCUUACCGGUUGGAUUUCUGGCCGGUGAGAACUCGGAGCCUUACCCAACGGUAUGGGCAGUUCCAUUGGUCUGAGUCCUGGUGCGUUUGGCUGCCUCCCCGCUGGCCUCUGCCGCGAAUUCAUAGAAAUCCCGAGCGAGGCCAGGCAGGAGUCUGCAGACGUGGAGUCCAGCGCGGGUUGGCCUGGGGGAUGCCAGCUGAGGUUGCCUGGGGAAGGCAGUGCCCGCCUGAGCCCAGCAGAGGCCCGCUGCAGUGGAUGGGUCUGGGGUGCUUCUCCAACCCAGCGCUUUCCCAGGGUGUUGGACUUCAACUCCCACGGUGCUCAGCCAGUCCGUUGGCAGGUGGGAGCUCCAGUCCCACGCGUUCUCGGCUAGGAGGAGGCUGAUCUGAUGAAUCGAGAGGCGGUUUGUGGAGGAACCCGGUCAGAUGGCGCGAUGGAUGUGCUGCGGUCCGCUUCCCUCAGGACCUUUGGGGGCAGAUGCUGAGCCCCCCCUUCUGUUAAGCGGAGUCACUGUUUCACCCCAGCUCUCUCCCUCUUCGACAGGGUUAUCUGGGGACCCAGCAGAGCUUGGAGGGAGACCACUGACAGCGGCCUCUGAACCACCUGCAGGGAUCUCCCGAUGGAAGGCGCAGGCGGGUGCUGAUCCGACAUCGCCAGGAGCGGGAUCCCUUCCCUCGGAAGACGGGGACCAUGGCAGCGCCAGGGUACCAUGUUCCACAGCCAGGAUAUCCUGUUGCUUCUCCCCCUUACCCCGUUGUGCCACAACCACACGCUGGGCCCUCUGCACCAAGCCCAGGGUUCAAUGUCUAUUCUGCUGCUGGCCACGGGGCUGGCCACGUUGCUCCGCCCCAGCCUCCACCCCGAGGAUAUCGGGACCACGCUGCUACGCCUCAACAUCACCAGCCGCCAGAUCCCCACGUGGCCAUCACCCCUUACCUGCCUGUGGCAACCAGCAUCCCCCCUGGCUUGGAGUACCUUACCCAGGUGGACCAAAUUUUGAUCCAUCAGAAAGUGGAACUUGUGGAAGCCUUCAUCGGCUUUGAAGGCAACAACAAGUACGAGGUGCGGAACAGCCUGGGCCAGCACAUCUUCCACGCGGAAGAGCAGAACGACUGUUGCACGCGCAACUGCUGCGGCUCCCUGCGCCGUUUCUCCAUGCGGCUGGACGACCCCACCGGCCGCGAAGUCAUUCGCCUGGUCCGGCCGCUGAAGUGCGUCAGCUGCUGGUUCCCCUGCUGCCUUCAGGAGAUGGAAGUGCAGUGCCCCCCGGGCACCACCAUCGGGUACGUGGUGCAGACGUGGCAUCCGUUCACGCCCCGGUUCUCCAUCCAGAACGUCGAGAAGGAGACGGUGCUGCGCGUUUUGGGGCCCUGCUUUGCCUGCAGCUGCGGCGGGGAUGUCAGCUUUGAGGUGAAGACGCGGGACGAGUCGCGCGGGGUGGGCCGGAUCAGCAAGCAGUGGAGCGGCCUCAUCAAGGAGAUCUUCACUGAUACGGACAACUUUGGGAUCCAGUUCCCCAUGGACCUGGACGUGAAGGUCAAAGCGGUGCUGCUGGGCGCAUGCUUCCUCAUCGAUUUCAUGUUUUUCGAGAAGACGGGAGAAGUUGGACAGAGGAGCUCCGUGAUCACAAGCUGAAAUCAUCUCAAAUUACGGACGAUUCCCCCAGUUCUGACCAGAAGGAGAGUGUGUGUGCACGUGUGUGUGUGUGUGUCUAACAGCAAUGGAGCAGGGCGACGGGAUUAGGGCCGUGUUCUCUUCCGGGUCUGUGUGCCGAUGCGCUUGAGGGUCUCGUAGUGGCCGAGAACUCAUGCCGGGUCUGUAGCCAGACGGUCAAGCAUCCGCCCUCCCUUCCCAGGAGCUGGUGAAAGCCGUGGGAUUGGCUGGUCAUCGGACGGUUCUUCUGCACCAACCUUGCGAGACUGUCCCGGGCCCUGUAUCUGCGGUCCCCUGGCUGAGGAUUCUGGGAGUUGAAGUCCAGCUCUCUGAAGGGCUCCCGGUUGGGGAAGGUUGGGUUUGGUCUGUGAGUUUAAAGCCGGGGUGGUGAUUCUGGAACAGCAGCUGCAGCGCCAGGUUUGAGCAAGUCCCCUGAGCAGUUCACGGGGAAAUGCUUGACCUAGAAAAGACGGCUGUCUGCGCUCAGCUGCGUUGGCGUGCCUGCCCAGGUUCUGGAUGAUGGGGCCAGGGGGGUCUGCAGGGUGUGGUCAAACAGGUCAAGAUGGUGGCUUUGAUGGUGUAAACAAAACUCUGUUUUGCACAUAAAGCCAGGCAGAGCCUUGCCCUCUAAACCUGAAGAAAGGAACCUUAGAGUGGUAUUUUGCAAACUUGGCACUUUUAAGACGUGUGGACUUCAACUCCCAGAAUUCCCCAGCCAGCCUUGCCGGCUGGGGAAUUCUGGAAGUUGAAGUCCACACAUCUUAAAGUCGCUGAGGUUGAGAAACACUGCCUUAGAGAGAGGUUUUAUUGCUUAAAUGUUCCUCUGUGGAGUUACCGCAAUCGGUAGGGAAGGAUGGCGGUGCCCCAAAGGUUAUCCAGACCUUCAGGGAGAAGAGGGAAGGAAUCAGCCAUCCGAGAGAUGCUGCAGGCAGAUUAUUAAAAAAAGGGCACUUUAUAAUUCCAGAUUGGCAGCAGUGCUGCAGCCUUUCCCAAAGAAACUGUCUGAACAAUUGGGGCAGAGGCAAAAAAAUAAGUGCGUGUUAAAGAAAACAACAACCAGUCAUUGGUUUAACAAAGGCACAGUUGUUAGAGCUGAUGACCUCAAGGCAAGGAGCAAAAUGCACGCCUCAGAUGCUUUUGUUGUUUUAAAAAGGAACAUCUGGACACUUCUGUCUGCCCCAGUCGGUGAUUCACAAUUCCCUUUUUUUCUCUCUCUCUCUCUCUCUCUUUCUUUCUUUCUGGCCUCAGACAUUUGGGCUUUGAUUUGUUUGACAGCCUCUCCCCACUUGGAGCCCUCCAGUGAUAGGCUGGGCUGACUGGGUGUGAUGGGAGUUGUAGUCUUAAGCGAUCGAGAAUGACACUACUCUGGGUGUGAGCAUGUAUAGAAUAUGUACAGUGUGUCAGUGUGUGUCGGUGUGGCUCGGACCGGUUGGCACGGGUGACGAAGCAAACGCCGCAGACGUGUUGGGCCAGCCGUAGGCGGUUCUUCUCUGUCCUGCCCAAACUUAUGAAUAGUUUUGCUGUCAGAACUGGGGGCUCUCCCCGGCUCAUCUUCCUUGACGCCUUUUAACAACCUCCUGCCUCCAGCCAAGAUGCCGGACAUGAAUGUCUGCAUUGGUCAUCAGUGCCACGUUGCCUUAACCACUAGACCAGGAAGACCCCCACCCCUUUUGAGUGCGGUUGGCGGCUCUACCGUCAGCUCAGGGUUGGGGUCGCGGCGAGGCAGACAGCAGCCCCUUUCCCACCCCUGCAUUCCAAAGGCUUGCAUAAUAUUAAUGUUCAGUGUAUUUUUCUGUACUGUAUUUAAAUAUUUACACCAAGCGUUUUAUGGAGGGUCGGGCGGGAUGGCAUGGGGGAUGCACAAGGGGACAAGUAAGAGUUUGCUCCCCGCAAUGCUUGCAGAACGGUGACUAUGGGAAAAGGACCCGUAGCUGAAAAUGAAGGUGGUCGUAGAAGCCGUUGCUUGCUUGGAAAAAUUCAGGCCGCUGAGUGUUGUGUUCCUUGAGGGUCCUCCAGCUCAGGCAGUGUUCUCCAACCUGUGGCUUGGGUGAUGGGAAUUGUAGUCCUCCCUGUACAGGGAGGAAGGUUGGACCUAGAGUGGGAGGCUGAGAGGACCACAAGGAAGGCCUUUGUGGGGGGGGGGGAACCAAUUUUGGGCCUCUGGGAUGACAAGGCUUCUGUUUUUCCAGGCCAAACCAAAGAGGAAUAAACAUAUGUAGCACAGGU